CUAUUGAACUCCAAGUUCUUUGAAGGCAGGGACUAUAUUCCUAGCUGUCAUAACCCUAGAACAAUGCACCUGGUGAGGCACACUGUAGGCGCUGAGGAAUUAUACAUGGAUAAAUGACUGCAGGUGGAAAACCACUAAGGCUACAAAGCGAGCAUUGAUAAGGUGCUGCAGAGAGACCGCUCCCAGUUUCAGGAAGGGGGUUAGCCUUGGAAGCGUGGCUGCCCAACGGCGCGAGGGCUGCUGGGAAAGGCAGACUCGCCUGGCUCGCCCGGGGAUCCCGGGAGAGUGCCGCGGGCUGCGUCAGCCCCAUGCCCCGCCCCCUCCGCCGGCUCACGUGACCGUCUCUGGGCAGCGCAAACCAUGGCCGGCUUGGUGGACUUCCAGGAUGAGGAGGAGGUUAAGUCCUUUUUGGAGAACUUGGAGGUGGAGUGCAACUACCACUGCUACCACGAGAAGGACCCGGACGGUUGCUAUCGGCUGGUGGACUAUUUGGAAGGGAUCCAGAAGAAUUUUGAUGAGGCUGCCAAGGUGUUGAAGUUUAACUGUGAAGAGAACCAGCACAGCGAUAGUUGCUACAAACUGGGGGCCUACUAUGUGACUGGAAAAGGUGGUCUGGCUCAGGACCUGAAAGCUGCCGCCAGGUGCUUUUUGAUGGCGUGUGAGAAGCCCGGAAAGAAGUCUAUAGCAGCAUGUCACAACGUUGGCCUCCUGGCACAUGAUGGACAGGUUAAUGAGGAUGGCCAGCCUGACCUGGGGAAGGCCAGGGACUACUACACAAGGGCCUGUGAUGGUGGCUAUGCUUCCAGCUGCUUCAACCUCAGUGCCAUGUUCCUGCAGGGUGCCCCAGGCUUUCCUAAGGACAUGGACCUGGCAUGUAAAUACUCCAUGAAAGCCUGUGAUCUGGGUCAUAUCUGGGCCUGUGCCAAUGCCAGUCGCAUGUACAAGCUGGGGGAUGGUGUUGAUAAGGAUGAGGCCAAGGCCGAGGUGCUAAAAAAUCGAGCCCAGCAGCUACACAAAGAACAGGAGAAAGGUGUCCAACCCUUAACUUUUGGGUAAUGUGGCCCACCCUGCCUCCCAGGCAGCAAACUGCUUGAGGCUGGUAGCUCCUGUUUCUGAAGACUGAUGCAGCCCUUGAAGGUCAACCUGCUGCAGCAAGAAAACUUGGGACUUGAAUUGGUAGCUCCCGUUAUAUGAAUUCAUUGCCCCAGCUACUGAAGUGUAGCCUACAAUGUUUAUUUCAGUCAAUAUUCCUUUAUCUGGGUGUUCUGUACAAUGUUUAUUACAGUCAAUAUUCCUUCAUCUGGGGGUGUUCUGUGAAGAUAGCCAUGUCUAUGGGGAUCUUAGUUUUCAAACUCUGGCAAUUCUGUGAAAAAUAGGAGCAAACUAGAGAGCCCUAGAAAUUGGUGGUAGGGAGGGGAGGAUAGCAGGAAGUUUUAAAAAUUAGCAGCCCCGGGGCCUAAAGGAAUCAGCUAUCAUCAUUUUCAUCAUUAUUAUUAUUAUUUUGGUUAGGAUGGCUUGAAAAUCAGAACAUAUCUUGGUUUACAUAAUCGAGGUCUUAAAGAGCUAGGAACAGUUAAAUAGUCCCGACUGCCAGCGUCUGACUUACAUAAUCAUUGAUGUGGGCUUCAUUUUGCGUUUAGAGUCACAUCUUUCAGUAAAUUCACAGAGAUCAAGAGGGAUGUGCAACAUACAGCUUAAAGUCUGUUAUGCUUCAGAGUUGCUGAAGAAGAUGAAACAUCAGCCUGCCAUCGUCUAGAAGAGACAUUGGCAGUUAAAAAUUAGCACCUCCAGUGUAGUUGCCUGGCACUGCCCAUCAUGCUGAGGGAGCAGAUUCUUCCCAAGGCAGCUUCAGCUAGGAGUUUGUAAGCAAGGACUUUGUGACACAUUUGGCCCCUUUAACUGAGCCUUUUUCACUGUCCCUGUGAAUAAACAAUUUUGAGUGACUUGCA